UCAGCAUGAUUCUAUUUUCCUUCUUCUGAGAUAUAAGAUACCUUAUAGUGCCAAAAAUUGUUUGCUUUUGUAUAGUGCCAAAAAUUGUUUGCUUUUGUUUCUUACUCGUCGAAUCAGUGUGAAUUGUCAAUUUGUGAUCACCUGAAAUUUGAAGUUUAUGUAGAAAUAUCGUUUCUUUUUGCUGAAUUUCGAAUUUCACUCCGAAAAGUUUCAGUGGUCUGUUCUCAAUCCACUGUUUUGGUUGAAAAUUUCCAAUAAUGGCAUGACCUGUGGUUCUCACUUAUGAAAUCGAUUUGAAGUGUGGAUUGUUCUAUUGCGUUUAAAAAUUGCAUUUUCUACUUCCAAUGUUCUAGCAACAUUGAAGAGAAUCGAGCUGAAUUUGACUUUGGUAUCCUGUAUUUGUUUGAUCUGAUGGAAGACUUUUACUUGUCAGACAAGAAGCUGCUGAGCUGAAAGUUUGGGGGGCAUUUAGGGAAAGGAGAUAAAUUGAGUCUAAAAUUUGAAUCUUUACUGAGCUUUUUUGGUCUGAAGCAUCGAGGAUGCCAUCUGAAGUCAUGGAUCAGCGAAGGUUGUCUUUCUUUUCGGAGGAGCUCCUGUUUCCCAGUGAGAGACAGGUUGGGUUUUGGAAGCCAGAGAUUGGGCCUGAUCAUCAAGGAACUGAGGGAAUGUCAUUGAUAUCAGGGAGUAAGUCACUAUCUUCUUCUCCGAUGGAAAAGCUCCAAUCAGUGGGACCAAGGUCUGUGGAGGGCCAGAACCUCUCACGGUACUUUGCACUUAAAAACCAAAGUACCAAGUCAGUUCUAGAGCAGCACUUGGUUGGAGCAGGGAACAACAUCAACCCCUCAAUGACUUCUUGGAGAGCUUGUAGUCAAGAGUUUGCACUUCGACCUAACCUGUGUUUGCCGACAUCUCUUUUCAUAGAAGGGAACAAAGUUGAUAUGGAUGGGUCCCGAUAUGAGAAUGGCCUUUUCUCAAGCUCUUUGUCUGAGUUACUUGACAGAAAAUCGAAACUAUCAUCAAAUGUUGCUAAUCUUGGCCAGUCUGUUGAUCAUGUCAAUUCCAACCCUGAGGAAGGAGAGCCUUUCAGAUCUUUGGAAGAAAUUGAAGCACAAACUAUUGGGAACCUUCUACCUGAUGAUGAUGAUCUGCUUUCUGGGCUUAUUGAUGGCAUUGGUGUUUCUCAAGCCUACGGUGGGGAUGAUAUUGAGGAUGAUAUAUUUUGCACUGGAGGAGGAAUGGAACUGGAAGGAGAUGAUAAUUGUAAUAGUUCUUCUAAUCUUGUUAAUGGUGAUAGCUCUAAUGGUCUUCUGGGGGGGAUUAAUAGGCCAUUUGCUGGUGAGCAUCCAUAUGGUGAACACCCUUCAAGAACCCUUUUUGUGAGAAAUAUUAAUGGAAACGUUGAGGAUACCGAGUUAAAGAUGCUUUUCGAGCAAUAUGGGGAUAUUCACACUCUUUAUACAGCCUGCAAAAAUCGUGGGUUUGUUAUGAUAUCUUUCUAUGACAUAAGAGCAUCACAAAAUGCCAUGAUAUCACUACAGAACAAGCCAUUGAGGGGUUGGAAGCUGGACAUACAUUUUUCUAUCCCAAAGGACAAUCCUUCAGACAAAGACAACCAAGGGACACUUGUUGUAUUCAAUCUCGAUUCUUCUAUUUCAAAUGAUGAUCUCCAUCAAAUAUUUGGUGUUUAUGGAGAAAUCAAAGAGAUUUGUGAAACACCACACAAGAACCACCAUAAAUUCAUAGAGUUCUAUGAUGUUAGAGAUGCAGAUGCGGCUCUUCGUGGUUUAAACAGGAGUGAUGUUGCUGGCAAGAAAAUUAAGGUUGAGCCGAGCCGUCCAGAGGGUGCGAAACAGUGGAGCUUGAUGCCACAGCUUUCCACAGAGUUGGAGCUGGAAGAAUCAAGUGGCUGCAGGCAGGGCAUCUCUCCUAGCAGCUCACCACCGGGAUUCUAUGGUUCAGUUCCUCUAAGGGCAGUUACAUCUGAUUUUAAUGAUGGAACCGACCAUAGCCUACGUUCUGCAAUUAGAGCACCAAUCAACCCAUUACUGGAUUCUGCAGUUCAUGGAAUCCCAUCAGGUUUAGUUCAUAAUUUGUCCUUUCCAGUCAGAGUUACGUCAAGAAGCAAUCACAGUAACUCAUCAUUGAAUAGUGAGAAUGGCCAUUCUUUUGGACAAGUGAAAUUUGGAUUUCAAGGUAUGCCAAUUAUGCAUCCUCAUUCACUCCCUGAAUAUCAUGAUGGGUUGUCUAGUGGUGUCCAGUACAACUCUUCGAAUGCUAUGCCAGCCAUGGCUAUCAAUAUCAACCCUAGAACAGGUGAGGGAAUUGACAGUAGAUACAUUCAAAGAGCAGGGUCUGGAAGUCUUAGUCACUCGUUAGAAGGUGGAAAUGGCAGUUGCCCUGUCCAUGGACACCCAAAUAUUUGGAACAACAGCAAUCCAUAUCCUCACCAAUCUGCUGGUAUUUGGGGUACUUCACCAUCAUUUAUGAACAAUGUUCCAUCUCAUCACCAUCCACAAAUGCAUGGAAUUCGAAGAGCACCAUCUCAUAUAAUGAAUAAUGUCCUACCCUUGCAUCCCCAUCAUGUGGGUUCAGCUCCUGCUGUAAAUCCUUCUCUUUGGGACCGUAGGCAAACAUAUAUUGGAGAUUUCACCGAUGCACCAAGUUUUCAUCCGGGUUCUCUUGGAAGCAUGAGAUUUUCUCACCCACUUGAACUUGAUCCUCAUAACAUCUUUCCUCAUUCUGGAGGAAGCUGCUUCGAGCAAGUUGGGAUUCCUUCACCUCAACAAAGGUGUCGCAUGUUCCAAGGGAGAAAUCAAAUAAUUCCAAUGCCUGCUUCUUUUGAUUCUCCUCAUGAUCGGAUUAGGAGCCGGAGGAGUGAUCCAAAUGCAAAUCAGGGAGAUAAUAAGAAACAAUAUGAACUUGAUAUUGAACGCAUCAUACGUGCUGAAGAUUCUCGAACUACUUUGAUGAUUAAGAACAUCCCAAACAAGUACACUUCUAAGAUGCUCUUGGCUGCUAUUGAUGAGCAUCACAAGGGAACUUAUGAUUUUAUUUAUUUGCCUAUCGAUUUUAAGAACAAGUGCAAUGUGGGUUAUGCUUUCAUCAACAUGAUUGACCCUAAGCAGAUCAUUCCUUUCUUUCAGGCAUUCAAUGGUAAAAAAUGGGAGAAAUUCAACAGUGAAAAGGUUGCAUCGCUUGCCUAUGCUAGAAUUCAAGGGAAAACUGCACUUAUUGCUCAUUUUCAAAAUUCAAGCUUGAUGAAUGAGGAUAAACGUUGUCGUCCUAUUCUUUUCCACUCAGAUGGUCCAAAUGCAGGGGAUCAGGAACCAUUUCCAGUUGGGACCAAUGUUAGGUCCCGGCCUGGCAGAUCCAGGACUCAUGGAAGUGAAGAGAACAACCACUUUAGUCCGUCAACAUCUCCGAAUGCUGCGGGAUUUUCUAAUGGAACUGAUAUCACUAGUUCUAUCAAAGAUGUGGAAUGAGAAACUAUAUAAACUGCUAUUUAAAUUGAUAAGGAGAAAGGAGCAGGGAGAGCUUUUGAGAUUUUGCACUGCCGUAAGAGAAUAUAUAACAUAACAAAACACGUAAAAAAAUGUACAGGAAAUCCCAAAAGCAAAUGAGGGUGGUGGAUAAGAGUUCUUUGUUUGUUGUUUUCAAUUUAUCAUAAUUUUAGUACGGUUUUGAGAAGGCCUCUUCCUGCAUUUUUUUUUCAUUUCCUUUUUUUUGUAUAAGCUUGUCAUUUUGAGUUGAGGGCUCUGCUCCCUUUGUGUCUGUUGAGUCAUUUUGUGACCUUGGCUGUGGAUUCUUUAAAAUACAUGUACAAAUAACAUUUAACCUCUAUAUAUCCGGUUGACAGUGUAUUUGAUCGUUU